UGAAUACACGCUCAUCAAUAACUCAUGACUGGCGAUUGGUGAUUGUCACCUGUGGACUACAUAAGCCGGCUACCUCAGCUCGCGCAGUGACAUGCGUGACUGGCACUCGACAGCUGGCCACUUAACGGACAUUUUGCUGCACGCACACUGUGACUGUACGGCUGUCAUAUUCAACCCAUCGGCCUUGCCACGCAAGCAUCGACACACGGACGCGUCCGAUCUCUUUCUACUUCGCCCCAUCGAACGUGACCUGCUCUCGCGAGCUGGAUUCUAAUCACUUCGCUGACGAAAGCUUGGCAGUUCUGGCGGCAUACACAGGUCGGCUGCCUCGGGUAGACUACUGACACUUCACCGCGGCUGUCGUGAUCGUCCUUUGGCGCUCUUUGCAUCUACAUCCGCCAGGACGGGCAGCGCGGGCGGUUUCGUCAGCACUCAGGGAUGUUCCAGCUAGCCCUCAUCAACGACAUAGCUCGGGUCUCACCACCACACUUUGCACUUGCGCCUCACAAAGCCAUCAAGAUUGUUCUGAACACAAAGUACGCAAACAAGGUGUUGCAGGAUGUAGGGCUCUGUGUUGCGGUGUUUGAUUUGCUGGACUGCGAGGAGGGAAAGACUAUUGGUGGGGAUGGUGCACUGUUCUACAAAGUCACAUUUCGUCUAGUCAUCUUCAGGCCGUUUUUGGGUGAAGUAUUUGUUGGCAAGAUUGUUUCGUCCGACCCCAGCGGCAUUAGAGUGUCAGUGGGGUUCUUUCAGGACAUUCACGUCCCACCGCACCUGUUGCCCUACCCAAGCGCCUUUGAUCAUAAAGAAGGAUGUUUCUUCUGGUUGUGGGAGCCAGCAAACGACGACGUGGCAGCUGAUCCUUUGUUAUCAGACGCUGAUCAAAGGAUGUACAUGGACCGGGAUGAGCUGAUCAGGGUAGCUGUGGAGAGCGACGAAUUUCAUGAGCCGGAGCCAGGUCCGAUCACUCCUCAAAGCGCCGCCUUCGGCUCGAUGAUGUCUACAGGAACAAAUUUGGGACUCAAUGGCGCGAUUGCUAGACCUGUUGCAGAUGAGAAGAGGGAAUCGGCUUACAGGAUCACUUGCUCGUGUGCGAGCCAGGGACUAGGUGUCGUUGCUUGGUGGGGCAGCGCGCAAGCAGAAGGAGAGGAAGCAGAUGAGGAGAUGCAAGCAGAAUGAGAUACUUGCCACGUCUGGCGUCUGCGAUAGCACUCUGCGCGACCAGGUCACAAUGACGGAAAAGGGGCGCACAUCGACCAUGUGGGCGCCUCCGACCGCUUGAGCGCGUGAGGAUAUACUUUUAGGUGAUCUGUUUGGCAGGGUUCGACUUACCGGCCUCAAAGCUUCUUCGAAGGCCAAUUUUGUCAGUGACGAAAGGAAGUGAGAGCGCGCAGUCAUCUUCAAGUUUUAUCGAUGGCGAAGCGGAAGAUCUGAAGCUCGAGGGCACAGGUAGAGCUGUUCGUAGGAUGCCUCGGCAGCACAAGCAGUGUUUGGUACCCUGACACUCGGCAAUGAAGGAACAGUCACAGUGAUGGAGCAACGGAUUGUCACGAUUCUGAACAGAG